AUGGGCAAGGCCCACCCUGCCCCUGCCGAGCUGAGGAUACCCAUGGACAAGACGUCAUCACUGAAAUUAAAUGGCAGCAGACAUGCCCAAGGAAUACUGCGGGGAUUUGAUCCCUUCAUGAAUCUUGUGAUCAAUCAAUGUUGGGAAAUGGCAACUAGUGGGCAACAGAAUAAUAUUGGGAUGGUGGUCAUAGGAGGAAACAGUGUCGUCAUGUUGGAAACCUUGGAACGAGUUUAA